AAAAAAAAAAAGGAACGCCAUCCCCAAAUUGUGCCAACUCCGGGAUCGAGCAGGGAUGGUGCAUCCCGGCUGGGUCUGCCUGCUGCAGAGCCUCCUCCUGCUGGCCAGAGCGCGGCAGAGUCGCGGCCCCGCCGGCGCCUGCCCGCUCCGCGGAAAGAGUGAACUGAACUCCUUUCUGUGGACCAUCAAGAGAGAUCCCCCAUCUUACUUCUUUGGCACCAUCCAUGUCCCAUACACCCGUGUCUGGGAUUUCAUCCCAGAGAACUCCAAGAAGGCCUUUCAGCAGAGUCACAUAGUGUACUUUGAGCUGGACCUCACCGACCCCUACACCAUCUCUGCUCUCACCAGCUGCCAGCUGCUGCCACAGGGGGAGAACCUUCAGGACGUGCUGCCGCAUGACAUCUACCGCCGGCUCAAGCGGCACCUGGAAUAUGUGAAACUCAUGAUGCCAUCUUGGAUGACACCCGACCAGCGGGGCAAGGGGCUGUAUGCAGACUACCUCUUCAAUGCCAUUGCUGGCAACUGGGAGCGGAAGAGGCCGGUGUGGGUGAUGCUGAUGGUGAACUCCCUGACGGAGGUAGACAUCAAGUCUCGAGGAGUGCCCGUCCUGGAUCUGUAUCUGGCCCAGGAAGCAGAACGGCUUAGGAAGCAAACAGGCGCUGUGGAGAAGGUGGAGGAGCAGUGCCACCCACUGAACGGGCUUAACUUCUCCCAGGUGGGACAGAGGCUUGCAGGAUGGCAUAGGGCACUGGGCUGGUUGCUGGGGCAGACAUGUAGCAAGCAGGAGCAUGGGAAUUGGCCUGAAGUGAGUGCUCUCCAUGUGUGGUAUCUGGAGUCUUGCAUUUGCUGCCUGCACCCCCUGUCUCUCUGUAUAUCUGUGUGAGAAUCUGCUUAGCUGUAGGAGUUCAGUUGCCUCCUAAAUUUGUUUAGACCUGACCAGGAGGUCCCUCUCCUCUUCCCUGGAAAGCUUUGGACAGACUCCACCCCACGUGACACUGGACCCGUGGAUGUCUGCUCUCUGACCCUGCGAGGCAUGUUCAUAGUAGGCGCCUGGGGCAGGUUGGGACUCUGUGUCUAAACUUGCUUUUGUAAUAGCUAGGUAAGGAGAAAGAUGUAAUUGC